UUGAGAGCUCACCAUUAGUACAUGUACACUCUGAUUUUACACACCAGCAAGAGAAUACGUUUUCAGAACAACCCGAAUAACCUCUGGAAUUUUACUACAACCGAACGAGUGUAUAUGAACAGUCCGCUGGAUAUAAGUAAGUUAAGGAGGAAGCUGCCGUCUCGACUCAUGUCCUAUUUAUUGUAGUAGAUUCGCUUCGACUUUACGCAAUCGUGGUGAUCAUGGCUCGGUUCGGUCGAGGCGGGUUUUUGAGACGCUGAAGCUCGUGAAGGCGCUGGAGGAGGAGGAGGCGAGAGGAGCCACGGCCGCCGCGGACAGCCGCUGAAAUGAGAUGAGGCUCAGAAAUGGAACUGUUGCCACUGCCCUCAUCUUCUUCACCUCUUUCCUCAGUCUUUCAUGGUACACCGCCUGGCAGAACGGAAAGGAGAAGUUGGUAGCAUAUCAACGGGAGUUUCAUGCUCUGCGUGAGCGUCUGCGUGCAGCUGAGCACCGAACCCUGCAGCGCUCCUCGGAGCUGAAUACCGUCCUAGAACAGUUCCGACGUGCCAUUGCAGAGACCAACGGCAGCAAAGAUGCCCUCACCAACUUCUCAGAUGAGACCCAGAAACUACUGAAAGACCUGGCACAAAGGAAACCCCUGCAAGUGCCAAAUAUCUUCCACCAUUUGCCUCACCUACUAAACAAUGAGGGUGGUCUUCACCCUGCAGUGCAAGUGGGCCAGGGGCGCACAGGAGUUUCUGUGGUAAUGGGGAUCCCUACCGUCAAGCGGCAGGUGAAGUCGUACUUGGCGGAGACUUUACAUUCACUCAUUGACAAACUCACACCUGAAGAGAAGCUUGAUUGUGUGAUCAUAGUCUUCAUAGGGGAGACGGACAUGAAUCAUGUGCAUCAUGUUGUCUCAGGCCUUGAGAAAGAAUUUUCUACAGAGCUAAAUUCAGGGCUGUUGGAGGUCAUCUCCCCUCCUGCCAGUUACUAUCCAGACCUCAACAACCUCAAAGAGACAUUUGGGGACUCCAAAGAGAGAGUGAAGUGGAGAACAAAGCAGAACUUGGACUAUUCAUUCCUCAUGAUGUACGCUGUCAGCAGAGGAGUUUAUUAUGUCCAGUUAGAAGAUGAUAUUGUUGCAAAGCCCAACUACUUUGCCACUAUGAAGAACUUUGCCAUGCAGCUGGCCUCUGAAGACUGGAUGAUCCUGGAGUUUUCCCAGCUAGGUUUCAUUGGUAAGAUGUUUCAGGCUCCCGACCUGAAUCUCAUAGUAGAGUUCAUAUUUAUGUUCUACAAAGAGAAGCCCAUUGAUUGGCUGUUGGACCACAUUCUAUGGGUGAAAGUUUGCAACCCUGAGAAAGAUGCCAAACACUGUGAGAGACAGAAGUCCAGUCUGCGGAUUCGCUUUAGACCAUCUUUAUUCCAGCAUGUGGGCCUACACUCUUCGCUUGCCGGGAAAAUCCAGAAGCUGACGGAUAAGGACUUCCUGAAGCCUCUGCUGCAUAAGAUCCAUGUUAAUCCACCAGCAGAAGUGUCCACUUCUCUAAAGGUGUAUCAGGGCCACACUCUGGAGAAGACCUACAUGGGAGAGGAUUUCUUCUGGGCCAUUACCCCCAUGGCAGGAGACUAUGUUCUCUUUAAGUUUGACCGUCCAGUCAGCAUAGAACGGUUCCUGUUCCGCAGUGGAAAUCAAGAGCACCCAGGGGAUAAAAUCGAGAACACCACAGUGGAGGUUAUGCCGUUCCCGGACUCAGAAAUGAAGACCAAAGAGAAGUACAAACACACCGAUGACAAUUUUUACAAAAUCGGUGAGUUUGAGAAUGGAGUGGCUGAGGGCAAAGUGGACCUUGCCCUUAACCCUGUGGCUGCUUUGCGUCUUAUGGUCAUGAAGGACUCUGCGGUGUGGGCUAUUAUCAGUGAGAUUCACAUAAAGAGACUUGCUGCAUAGUUGUGUGUAGGUCUUCACCAUUCCUGCUCCCAUGAGGCCAAGCUGUGCUGUAAAGGCCCUUGCAGGGAUUUUAACGCAGUGACAUCAUCAAAGCGCAUGGACGCUACCAGUCAGUGUGUCACUUUAUGGAUUGCUGGCUUAAUCUCUUUUCAUCCCUUUAUAUUUCUCUGUUCAAAUUUCUCCUUUUUUUUUUUUUUUUUUUUUUAAGGAUUUCAUGUUCAUAAAGACAAUUUCCUUCAUGUUUUCUGGGCAUCAGUGUGAAUACUACUGUAUAAAAGAUGCUUUUUGAAGGAACUAAACCAGACACUGAAGCUUGAGCCUUGAUGAAUUGUGUUUAUCUAAUAGAAAGUUGGUGUUUGUUGGACUGUUGGCUGUCAUUCUUCUUCCCCUGAAGGAGAAAUAUUAUAUGUACUGACUCCUCGUGGACAUGCCAUUCAUGAUCAGUGAAACAAGGCAAACAUAUUUUGGUGUAUUUUGUUUUACUUUCUUUUUAAAUGUUGGUGUAUAUUUUACAAAAGUUUAUCAGGAUUUUUUUUUUUUUGUUUUUUUGUUUUUUGAUUAAAAAGUGGAUAAAGAUGUUGCUUACUUGAGUUUUAACAGUACAGGGAUAUGGCACUCAGUUUUAACUCAUUCCAUUUUGUUCAAGAAACAAUGACUACUUUUGCCAAAAUGCUUUUGAAAGGAAUUUGUAAAAAAAAAAAAAAAAAAAAACCCAGAACCCACAGUGCAGGACUCCUGUACAACAGGAUGCUCUUCCUGCCCUUUUCCCCCACAACAAUGUCAAAUGAUAUAAAACCAAUCAACAUUUGCCUUUCAUAGGAAGGGACACUUAUUUUGACGAUCUAUAAAGGUGAUUUAACUUAUUUGAAAUAAAUGUUUAAUUUGUACAA